CACACAUGCAGUCAGUGCGAAAGAAGCGUUCACUCCCCUCCAGAGGAGCGCACAGCUUUUUGAGGGAGCCAGUGGUGGUGAGGGGAGAAAAAUCCAGUUUGCGUUUUGUGGCACUUUCAUGAGUUCCUCUGCCGCGUUAGAGAUUUUGGGAUAGCUGACAGACCGUUUUACGCCAGUUUAAGGGAUGUUUUAGGGACAAAUUGUCUCCAAGGAGCAAUUGGAGCGGGCAGUCUGAGCCCUUAUAAUGCGGAGAGAUCAAGUCUCAGUAGUUUGUCGGUAUGAACGCAGCGCAGACGGACCCCGAGAAACUGCUUUCAUGGAUUGACUGAUUGAUUGAUGUUUGAUUUUUUGUUUUUUCGCAAUAUCAGAGGAUUUUCCUGCGUCGUGUUAGACUACGCCUGGGUCAAGGAUCCGGAAAGGGGAAUUAACCUUUCACAAGGUGGAAAAUAUCAGUCUUUUUGGACCCCAACUCCAUCCCUGUUGGCGCUGAGUCCAAUAUGAAGUCUGUCACAGUGUGGAUGUGCGUUUACAUCUUCCUUCUGCUCUUAGAUGAGGCAGCGAGUUCCUGGGAUGGUGGACCCUCAGCUCUGACUGUGUCCUUGGCUGAUGGAUCUUCAGACACCGGGGCUGCGCCCGGGGCUCAACCAGAGUGGGUGGACUGCAUCCAGGCGAGUGACAUGUGCAACCAGAACCCUCACUGCAGCUCUCGGUACCGGGUGAUGCGCCAGUGCCUUGUGGGCAAGGAGAAGGAAGCCAUGCUGGACAACAACAGGGAGUGCCAGGCGGCCUUGGAGGUGCUGCUGGUUAGUCCUCUAUAUGACUGCCGCUGCAAGAGGGGCAUGAAGAAGGAGCUGCAGUGUCUGCAGAACUACUGGACCAUCCACAUGGGACUCACAGAAGGUGGAGAUAUGGACGACUCAUCACCGUACGAGCCUGUAGCCCCCAAUCAUCACCCUGACGCUUUCCGCCUGGCCUCCAUCUCUUCAGGGAUGCACACAGUGGCUCCGAAAGGUUUCCAAUGUCUCGACCCAGAGAGAAACUGCAACCCCUGUCUUGAUGCAGCCAAAGCCUGCAACCUCAAUGGCAGCUGCAAGAGGCAACGUUCCGCCUACAUCGCCACCUGCAGCAAAGAGGACCCCAACAAGGGCGAAACCUGCAGCAAGAAGCGCUGCCACAAAGCGCUGAGGUUGUUCCUGGACCGUGUGCCCCCUGAGUUCAGCCACCGGCUUCUCUUCUGCCCCUGCCAGAGUGUGGGUUGUGCAGAACGACGCAGGCAGACAAUUGUGCCUGAUUGCUCCUAUAAAGAUAAGGAGAAACCCAACUGUCUGGAGCUACAGAAGGUCUGCCGCCAGGACCCUCUCUGCAGGUCCAGGCUGGCCGAUUACAUGGCGAACUGCAAGGUGACUCCACACACAGUGAGCACCUGCCCCAACCAGGACAAUCACCAAGCCUGCUUGGCCUCUUACGCAAGGCUCAUCGGGACAGACAUGACUCCCAACUAUGUCGACAGCAGCUUCUCCAACUGGACCAUCUCCCCGUGGUGCACCUGUAAGGGCAGUGGAAACCAAGAAGAGGACUGUACGAGAUUCCUGCGGCACUUCACCGAUAACACAUGUCUAAGGAAUGCCAUUCAGGCCUUUGGUUAUGGCAUAGACAACAUGCAGAACAAAAAUGCGUCCGUCCCAGCCCCCUCCGCAACGACGAAGACGGGGUCGGAUUGGUCGGCAGGCACCUUAGAACCUCCUUUUGUCACCAUCCCAAAGUAUCCUGAACCAAGAGACGGCGGCCGGGGCAAAGCCCAGGAUCUGCCAGAGGAUCACUCCGCUUGUCUGCGUGCCAGUGUCUGGGCUCUGGUUCUUGGCCUGGCUUUGGCUCUGGUCCUGGCCCAGCAUGCCUUAUAGAAGCGCCAGGAGGAGAAAAAAGAGGUCAUCCACCCACAAGCUGAUCCCAAAAGCAGAAGGUGUUAUUUAUGAGACUGAUAUUAAGAAGGCUGAAUCUCUGGGCAGUUGAUCUCCAGGCAUAAAUGGCAUUUGUGAAGGAAGGAAAAAAAAAAAAAAACAAAGCGAAGAAAGAGGCUGAAAAUAUUGAAAUUUUACAAUUGUGAAUUGUGUUGUUCAUUUGAUGUAUUGUUAGGGCGGACCACAACUGUGAUGAAGCACAUGGCUUUAAAAGGGACCCUUGACAGGAGAGGACAUUGAAGGCUGUUCUCUGGGAACGACACUCCCUCUGACUGUGACACAAAAAACCUGGAGGACAGAAGCUGAUCCUGUCAAAGACUUGCACAUUUCUCACAGGGAGAACGGGAAUGAGCAACUUAAUUAAAAAAAAAAGAAAAAAGAAAAAAGACAGGAUUGGCACUAAAGAAAUUGUUGCGGAGAGAAAAGGAGUGAGUAAGAGGUAAAUGGGGCAGUAUGAGAGAAGAGAGAGAGAGAGAAAGAGACAUAUUUCUGCUGUCAGUCACACUUUUUUGUCUUGAAUUGGUUCUCGACUUAAUCUUCUCUUGGAUGAACAGACCACAAAUUUAGGGGCGGGGACGGGGGAUGAUUACAUUCUGUCUCUUUCAACACAAGUGUAAACUCUAAACUGUAAAGCCUACUCAGUGUUCUAAGUGUUGGUAUAGUAUCCGUGACCAUAAUCAAUCUACCGUACAGCUCUUUCAUUUGGUGCUACCGUAUACUUUUUCAGCAGGUGGCAAAAAUAACUAAAGACAGCAACGUUACCAGUUAACGAUUCUUUGGUCUUUUGAGAUGUUGUUGUUGAUGACUGUGGGUGUACGCCGUAUGUCCACCUGCACAUGUGUAUAUUUCUGUCUCAUGUAUAUAAACAACAAUUUCCUUUCAUUCUGCAGAAUGAUAUCUUCAGUAUCUUGAAUGGACUUUACUGUAUGCUAAGACGGCUCUGUAUUGCUCCAAAUGGAAGGCCUUCAUUAUCUGCGUUUAUAUUUGUCUAUAAAGGUUUGAUCACAAAGAAUGUAUACAGGGAUGAGAUUAAACGAGCUCAAACUGCUUGGAAAGCCAUAA